AUGAACUGGUCCGGAGUCGCGUACUCGAUGAACUGGUGCGAAAAAGCAGUGCACGAUUUUGAUACAGUUCUAACGGCAGUAGACGGUGACUCGGCCGCGCUCUGUGUUCAUUCUACUUCUCGCGAGCAUCAAGACAUAUCUAGACGGGCUGCUUGCGAUUCACCUCGAGCGUAUAGAACGAACUGCUCUACUGCUGUAGGAAAGGCGUGUUGUUGUAGAAUUGCUUGCACGACUCCGGACCAGUCCAUCAGAAUUGCUUGCGGACAAUAUCUGAUGGACUGGUCCGGAGUCGUGUGGGGAUCAGAUGUGCAGGAUUACCCAGAGGGGAGCGCAGUUGCGCACGCCGUCGAGAAGAUAGGUUUUAGUUUUUUUACUGAAGAUUAAGAUUACUUACACAGAUCAUGCGAUGAGAAAUCGCCCGGAA